AUGUAUUGUGCAAACUUUGUCCCCUCCUUGAACAUCUGUAGCUCAUGUCAGGCAGCACUGCGGAAACACGAUAAGGUACCCCACCUCACCUGGAUUGAGGAGAAAGUCUGUGCUGUAUACUGCCUCACUGCCCACGUCACUCGAUUGUUCCAAUCAUCGGAUCCUGCACAGCCAAAGGCUUAUCACGGCAACAUGUGCGCUCACGAAAUGAAUGUUGUUUCUACUGCGUCAGUCUUGCCUCGCACUCCCGCGGACAUCAAUGGCCUUCUGAGUGUUGUCUUUGUAGGUCCCGGGAAAUUCAAUCCUAACGUUCUUGGAACCGUUUUCCGUGUCCGUCGCAGCAAAAUCUGGGGCUUCUUGGUAUGGUUGAAGCACCACAAUCGGUUAUACUCUACGAUACGUUUGGACUCCACCAUUGCACUGAUGUACCCUGAGGACGAUCUGCUGCCAGGGCUGAGAAACGUCCCAUGGAUUUGUUGCAGCAGGUGA